GGACGAGUCCAAACUGAGUCAACUCGCUCAAAAUCUUGAAGAAUCCACAAUGAAAGGAGCAUUAGAUGCCCAUCCAACCCCCCUCAUUUUUAUCUUUUCUUUUUUCCUUUUCUGGGUUUUCUUCAGAGAAACACUGGCUUUUCUUCACCGUUCUUCUUCGUAGCCAAGUGGGGUCUUUUUUAAGUGUAAGAAAAACCAAGCCGUUUAAAGCACCAAAAGGCAAAAAGAAAAAAAAAAAAAAAACCCACCAACUACAAUACGAAACCUCUGUCUCUAUCUUUGUCUCUCUCUUUCAAAAGCCAACAAGAAAUAUUCUAAUAAAUCGUAUUUAGUUUCUUCUGCUUCUGAAGCCUUCUUCGUGUAAACCCCAUAAUCUGUGGCUUUUCGUGUUUGAUUUUGCUCUUUGUUGCCACCACCAUUGAUGGUUGUUCAACUGCUGUCUACAUUUUUGUUUGAUUUGAAAUCGGAUUAGUAUAAGAAAUUAAGAAUAAAUUAUUUUUUAUUUUUUGACUAGCAAAUUUCGUGUAUAACCCUCUCUGGUUAAUUUGUUUUUUUUUUUUUUUUUUUCCAAACAGCUCUCUCUCUCUCUCUCUGGGCAUGUUGUUUUCGCUAAUGGGUCGUCUUUGUGGUUGAGUUUCAUUGGUUUUUGAGACUUUCUUGAAUUUUACGAGGCAGCCAAUCGUGGAUUUAGAAAGUCACUUCGAAAAAUAAGAAGAAAAAAAAAAAACUUAUUUUUUUCCCAUUUAAAUAAAGGCGGAAAAUUCGUGUAUGUUUCCAUGUAUUUUUCUGAGAGUAUUAAAGUUAAAAAGAAGGGUGUUUCUGCAAAAAGGGUCUUUGUUUAAAAUCUCUUUUAAUCAAAAGCAGUAAUGGCUUUUUUUUAUCACUGAAAAAACACCUACUAUGGAUCUGGAAAGUUCAAUUUUUCAGGACAGGGUUAAGAAAGAAUCAUGGAAGACAAUUCUGACUCUGGCUUUUCAAAGUCUUGGAGUUGUCUAUGGAGAUUUAAGCACUUCUCCUCUGUACGUGUACAAGAGCACAUUUGCCGAAGAUAUUACUCACUCAGAGACCAACGAAGAGAUUUAUGGCGUUUUGUCUUUCGUAUUCUGGACCAUCACUUUGAUUCCUCUCCUCAAGUACGUUUUCAUCGUGCUCAAAGCCGAUGAUAAUGGUGAAGGAGGGACAUUUGCUCUCUACUCGUUACUGUGUCGACACGCCCGAGUCAGCUCACUGCCCAAUUGCCAGGUGGCAGAUGAGGAGCUCUCUGACUACUACAAGAAGGAUAAAACUGCUUUGGAGACGAAUUCAAGUAUUGGGUCCAGGUUGAGAUCAACGUUGGAGAAGCACAGGGUGUUGCAAAGAUCUUUGCUUGUUUUGGCUUUGAUUGGUACUUGCAUGGUGAUUGGUGAUGGGGUCCUAACACCAGCUAUUUCUGUUUUCUCUGCAGUUUCUGGCCUUGAGCUUUCCAUGUCUAGAGAGCACCAUAAAUAUGUGGAAGUUCCAGUUGCAUGCAUCAUACUGAUUUGCUUAUUUGCGCUUCAACAUUAUGGCACACACAGGGUUGGUUUUUUGUUUGCUCCCGUUGUUCUGACAUGGCUCUUGUGCAUAAGUGCUAUUGGUAUAUAUAAUAUCUUCAAGUGGAAUCGUCAUGUCUACCGAGCACUUUCUCCAUAUUACAUGUACAUUUUUAUAAAGAAAACUCAAAGAGAAGGUUGGAUGUCCCUGGGAGGAAUUUUAUUAUGUAUAACAGGCUCGGAAGCCAUGUUUGCUGAUCUUGGGCACUUUUCACAAUUGUCAAUCAAGAUUGCUUUCACUUUCAUUGUUUAUCCUUCUUUAAUUCUUGCAUAUAUGGGCCAAGCUGCCUACUUAUCUGCUCACCAUUUUAAUGACAAAUACAACCAAGUUGGAUUUUAUGUAUCUGUACCAGAGAAACUAAGAUGGCCUGUCCUAAUAAUUGCCAUACUUGCUGCGGUAGUGGGGAGCCAGGCCAUAAUCACUGGAACUUUCUCAAUUAUCAAACAAUGUUCUGCACUGGGUUGCUUUCCUAGAGUUAAAAUAGUCCAUACUUCAUCCAAAAUCCAUGGUCAGAUUUAUAUCCCAGAGAUUAACUGGAUCUUGAUGGUAUUGUGCUUGGCUGUUACUAUUGGUUUCAGAGAUACAAGACGGAUGGGCAAUGCAUCAGGUUUAGCAGUUAUCACUGUCAUGCUGGUCACCACCUGCUUAAUGUCUCUAGUUAUUGUUCUAUGCUGGCAUCGAAGCGUAUUCAUAGCUAUUUGCUUCGUGUUCUUUUUUGGCACUAUCGAAGCUCUUUACUUCUCAGCUUCUCUGAUCAAGUUUCUUGAAGGAGCCUGGGUUCCUGUUGCCCUUUCUCUUAUAUUCCUGAUUGCCAUGCAUGUUUGGCACUAUGGCACCAUCAAAAAGUACGAAUACGAAAUCCAAAACAAGGUCUCCAUCAAUUGGCUGCUCAGUCUUGGUCCUAGCCUAGGCAUCGUUAGAGUUCGUGGGAUUGGCCUUAUACACACCGAACUUGUCUCUGGAAUUCCUGCAAUCUUUUCGCACUUUGUCACCAACAUUCCAGCGUUCCACCAGGUCCUAGUUUUUCUCUGCAUCAAAUCUGUACCAAUCCCACAUGUUAGACCUGAGGAACGGUUUUUGGUGGGUCAAAUUGGCCCAAAAGAGUACAGGCUGUUCAGGUGCAUUGUUCGAUAUGGAUAUCGUGAUGUUCACAAGGAUGACAUGCAGUUUGAGAAUGAUCUAAUCCAUAGCAUAGCGGAGUUUAUUCGUUCUGGGAGCAAAGCAUUCAAUGCUAUAAGUGAAGAUCUGAGUACAGAAGAGGACAAAAUGACAGUCGUUGGAACACAUUGUACCCAUUCAGAUGGGAUUCAACUGUGUGAGGAUAGUGUAGACAACAUAGAGUCUGUUGGCACAUCAGAGGCUGUAGAAAUAAUGUCGCCACCAUCAAGCCAACGAAAGAAAAGGGUGAGAUUUGUCGUGCCAGAGAGCCCACAGAUGGAGACAGGUGCAAAGGAGGAAUUGCAAGAGCUGAUGGAAGCUAGGGAAGCAGGUAUAGCUUACAUACUAGGGAAUACAUACAUGAGAGCCAAGAAAGGAUCUAGCAUAACCAAAAGGAUUGCAAUCGAUUAUGGAUAUGAGUUCUUAAGGAGAAACAGUCGAACUCCGACGUAUGCACUUAGUGUACCACAGGCAUCGACGCUGGAGGUUGGAAUGGUUUACAAUGUAUAAUUUUUGGUUAAAAUAAAAAACUUUAUAGUAACAAACUUGUACAUGCUGUAAUGUUGUCAAAUAGUCAAAGAGCCACCACUGUUUUUUGUGGUGGUCAAAAAGAGAUUCGCGGCAAUUUUUAGUUCA